CUGUCUGUUUUCAUGUGCUGCAUUCCCACACACACACGCUCACGCACCAACAAAAAAAUGAGCCACAAAUACAGACGCGUGCCCACUGGCACCUGCCACUCAGUUAUUCAUCCACCAGCGUCAUGUUUGGAAGAGCUGUUUUCCUGGGACUUCUGCUCCUCUGCGUCACUGCAGUGGACACGUUUGGAUCCAUGAGAAAGCCCUCUUGUAACAACAUGGAGCUUUUGCCUGCGUGCCCUUGGAACUACUCUCCUGUGUGUGGCAACGAUGGAAUCACUUACGACAACGAGUGCACCCUCUGUGUGGAGAUACGAAAAACCAGGAAAUUCAUCUGGAUUGUCAAGGAGGAACGCUGCUAACCUGCACAGCUGCCGACAUCAUUGCCAAGAGACCAAUGAGAGGCCAAAAAGCAUCUCUAAGAUUGACAUCAACUGUCUUAAAUCCUGUUUUUGUCAUUGCCAUUAAUAAUAAAUUUCAAUGAAGUUCUCUGGA